AUGCCUCGCAAACGUAAAUCUAAUUUGUCGAGCACCUCAUCUAAAGCUCGGGCAAUGAAAAUUGCCCGAUCUCAAGAAUCGUCUCUCCAUGCUGAAUUAAGAAGGCGCGAACAAGCAGAGCGUCAGGCUGCUUCGAGAGCUGCUGAGCUACCAUCUCAGCGCCAGCAAAGACUUGAGGAGCAAGCCGCUCGCCAAGCUUCUUUGAGGGCUUCUGAGAAUGAUAUUCGUACUCAAGUCCGUUUAUCGCAACAGGCUCAACGUCAGACAGCACUAAGGGCGUUAGAGUCACCUCUUCAAACGCAGCGACGUUUGGAAGAGCAAGUAGAACGACAAGCUGUUUUGAGAGCUAACGAGACGCCCCUUGAAACACAGCUUCGUUUAGAGGAGCAAGCAGAAAGACAAGCUAUUUUGAGAGCUAAUGAGACGCCUCUUCAAACGCAACAACGUUUAGAGGAGCAAGCUGGGCGACAGGCAGCUUCUAGAAUGGCGGAGACUCCAGAAGAGUCUCUGGCGAGAAGAACCGCGCAUGCAGAAAUGCAAGCUGAACGGCGUCGAGCUUUUAUGAAAAAUACUUGGUCUGUGUUUAAUAAUACUGCAUUUGAAUACGAUCCUUUGAUCGAUUACAAAAACCAUUCCUUGGUCGUCAUCGGGUUAAUGGUCAGGAAGGACGAAACGGCAGGUCUCUGUUGUGUCAAUGGGAAAGUACGUAUUCCUACAUUGGAUGCACCAGAAGAACCCCUCAAAACUCUUCUUUUAUAUGACUCCGAUGAGUCACGGCGCUUUUUAAAUAGGAUUCGAAAAUAUAAUUCCUGUUUCCAGAUGACAUCUUUCGGGGUAGACCGGGAAAUAAUCAUGCCCGGAUUUUCACCAACUUUUACUAUCCAGGGCCAAGUUUACCACAGGAUCGGUUCUAUGCUUCCCGCGGCCAAUGAACAACAUAAAUUUCUUCAGAUAUAUUUCAUGGGAGAUGAAGAUAAUGAAGCAGAUCGGCGAUGUCAGUACAUUCAAGGAGUUGAGAGGGAAAUCGUACUAAAAAUCCAAAGAAUGUUGCAUGAGCACAAUCGACUUAUUAAUACUUUUAAAACGGCGUUAGACCGCAUGCCUCACGAACAAUACAAAUUGGUUAUUCACGCAGAUCGCACUCCGCAUGGAGAACACGAGAGACGAUUCAAUGCGCCUCUCAUCAAUGAUGUUGCUGCAGUGGUUUGUGGUGACUUUUCUUCAUCACGCGACAUCGUUCUCCGAGCGCAUGAUAAUACUUUGACACGCGUACCCGAUACUCACAAGUUCUAUGACGCCCUUCAGUAUCCCUUGAUUUUCAGCAAAGGCCAAGAAGGUUAUCAUUUUGAACUGCCAUUAAUCAACCCAACUACAGGUCAACCCAUGCCUAAUAAAAAAGUAACCUGUAUGAACUUUUAUGCUUAUCACAUGAUGUUACGUGAGAAUGAUUUUAACUUGCUGCCCCGUUUCAGGCAAAUUUUCCAUCAGUUUUUAGUGGACAUGUGGGUUAAAACAGAGAGCGAGCGCCUCCGUUAUAUAACUCUUAACCAAAAAAAAUUACGAGCUGAACAAUACAUUCACCUGCAAGAUGCAGUAAGUAACGAUGCCAAUGUAAAUGCCAGUGAUUUAGGAAAGAUGGUUAUUCUCCCAUCAACUUUUAUCAAUAGCCCGCGCUACUUACACGAAUAUACGCAAGAUGCUUUUGCAUACGUACGCGCUCACGGCCGUCCCGAUCUCUUUGUUACAUUUACCUGUAACCCAUCUUGGAAGGAGAUAACCGAUGAGUUAAUGCCAGGUCAGAAACCAAUUGACAGACACGACUUGAUAGCGAGAGUAUUCAGAUUAAAAGUACAGAAACUUAUGGGUGUCAUUACUAAAGGUAAAGUAUUUGGCGACGUGCAAUGUUAUAUGUACUCCAUCGAAUGGCAGAAAAGGGGGCUGCCACAUGUUCAUAUUUUGAUUUGGCUCAAGGAGAAAUUGCGACCUACCCACAUUGACAAUCUGAUUAGCGCUGAAAUUCCUGAUCCUACAGAAGAUAAGGAGUUGCACGACACUGUGGUUAAAAACAUGAUGCAUGGUCCCUGUGGCAUUCGUAACUCUACGUCACCGUGUAUGAAGGAGGGGAAAUGCACAAAAAAGUACCCGCGAUCACUUAUAAAGGACACUAUCCACAAUGAACAGGGCUAUCCGUUAUACAGAAGAAGAUCACCUGAAGACGGGGGCCGAACGAGGUUCCCCGAUACUAUACAUGGAAUGCCUCUAGAAAAGAGUGGAAACGUCGCAUUCAAGGCACAGCAGUAG